AGGUGGGAACUGAAGACCGGCGGUUCUCCUUGCCACCUGGGGUCGUGGCCUUGCUCCCGCUCUGCCAGGCAAACGUCCGGGCACGUCCACGCGUGUCAGUGUGCGUGGGGCCUGAGGUACUCGCGAGUCCACGCUAGGACUCUGCGAGGACAGAAGAAGCCAUGGGCGGGACCUCCAGCACCCGCCGGGUCACCUUCGAGGCAGACGAGAACGAGAACAUCACCGUGGUGAAGGGCAUCCGGCUUUCGGAAAAUGUGAUUGAUCGGAUGAAGGAAACCGCCUCGUCAGGCUCGAAGUCUCAGCGGUAUUCUGGUGCUUAUGGUGCCUCAGUUUCUGAUGAAGAAUUGAAAAGAAGAGUAGCUGAAGAGCUGGCCCUGGAGCAGGCCAAGAAGGAAUCUGAAAAUCAGAAACGGCUAAAGCAAGGCAAAGACCUGGAGCGCGAGAGGGCCCUUGCCAACGAGCAGCUGACCAGGGCGAUUCUCCGAGAGCGGGUGUCGAGUGAGGAGGAGCGCGCCAAGGCGAAGCACCUGGCUAAGCUGCUGGAGGAGAAGGAUCGCGUGAUAAAGAGACAGGACGCAUUCUACAAAGAGCAGCUGGCCAGACUGGAGGAGCGGAGCUCAGAGUUCUACAAAGUCACCACCGAACAAUACCAGAAAGCUGCUGAAGAGGUGGAAGCAAAGUUCAAGCGGUAUGAGGCCCACCCAGUUUGUGCGGACCUGCAGGCCAAGAUCCUCCAGUGCUACCGCCAGAACGCCCAGCAGACCCUCAGCUGCUCUGCUCUGGCCGACCAGUACAUGCGCUGCGUCAACCAGGCCAAGCAGAGCGUGAUCGAGAAGGGAGGAUAAAGCCAACUUUCAGAACAAGCAGAAGUCCUUCAACGUUAAUUCCAGAGGUGGGACAUUUUUUUUCCUAGUGAGAAAGUAACCUAUUUAAAGAGAAGGCCGCUAAAAAGAACACCAGAGAGCAGACUCGACAGAAGCCCGUCACAGUCUGGUCAGCAGCGACUCGCAGCGCCAAGGCCAAGACCAGGACCAGCCCUGAAGGACCCGCUGCAGCGCUAAUAAACCCCAAGUGUGGUGACAACAAGGGAAACCCAGCCCUCUCCGCCUUUUGUGCAUUUUGUCCAACUUUCUCUCCUAACCACGCUCCAUCCUUCGGCCACCGCCCCUGCAGCAAAGCUGGGGGUCGGGACAGGACGGGAGAACUGGGGCGGGGAGCGGGGAGGGCAGCGCGGCUGUGUCUCAGGCCGGCGUGCGGGGCGGAGUUGUCCGGACUGUGGCGCGUGGGGUUUCUCUCUGUUUCUUUUCUCUCUCGACUUUGUAAGAGCCAUUUCAUUUUAACUGUGGCGAUCACGUAAGAAGACAAAAAGGAGAGAAAAUGUACCUCUUUUACUGGAAUAAUGUUUAUGAUUACAAGUGAAAUAAGGCUUUUUUUUUUUUACCAACGUAAAGGCAACUUGGCUCGUACGACCCCUUCUCUAUCAUGAACACUGACACCUUGACUUCACUCACUACCAGUAAUAAAUAUAUUUUCUGACGAA